CACGAUUCCAGCGCCUGUUCCGCGCCUUUACCGGCUGCGCCCUCUUUUUACUGUCUCUUUCCCCCAUUUCUCGCCGUACCCUGCAAGCCUAAACCCUUCUCUCUCUCUCUAUCUCGUCCAACCCCCAACGCCAUGUCCACCUCGGACUCCCGCCGCCGCCACCACAAGCCGCCGCCAGCGAGGCGCGCCCUAUGGGUGCCUCGUGACGCCCAGCCCGCCGCCGUACGCGGCCUCGGCGGCGCCCCGCGGCAGCGCCCUGCUCCCCCGAACCCCGCGGCGCCUCGUCCGCAGGCCGUGGGGCGCGCGGUAUGGGUGCCCCGUGCCGCGCCGCCAUCCACCGUACGCGACCUUGCCGGCGCCCAGCAGCAGCGCCCCGCUCCUCCGAACCCCGCGGUGCCCCAUCGGCAGGCGGCGGUAUGGGUACCUCGCGAGGCGCCGCCCGCCACCCUGUGCGACGUUGGCCUCACCCAGCGGCAGCCCCUCGCUCCCGCGAACCCUACUCCCGCCGAGCCCCGGCCCCACCCCGCAGUGCCUCGUGACGGCGGGGCCCCGCCGCAGCCCCUCGCUCCUCCGAACCCCGCGGCGCCGCCACCGGACGCGGGCCCCGACGGCGAGGCGAGGGACUGGGCGGCGCUGCCGCUGGACGCCAUCACCUGCGUCCUGCGGAAGCUCGACCACAUCGAGAUCCUCAUGGGGGCCGGGCAGGUGUGCCACUCCUGGCGCUGCGCCGCGCGCGACCACCCCGCGCUCUGGCGCCGCAUCGACAUGCGCGGCCACCCCGAGCUCGACCGCCAGGUCAACCUCUACAAGAUGGCGCAGGGCGCCAUACGCCGCGCACAGGGCCAGUGCGAGGCGUUCUGGGCCGAGUAUGCUGCAGACGACGACGUGCUCCGCCUCCUCGGCGACCAGGCACCAUCUCUGAAGAGUCUCAGCCUCAUUGCUUGUCAGGAUAUCAUGGAAUUCGAAGAGGAGAUAAAGAAGUUCCCUCUGCUUGAGGAGCUUGAGAUUUCACUCUUCACAAAUAUAGGUGGGAAGCAAGUGUUUGAGGAGAUUGGCAAAGCAUGUCCAGAGCUGAAGCACUUGAAAUUCAAUGCGUACCGGUUCUGCAAUCUCGGUGAUGACACGGACACUGAGGAUGACAAUAAUGAGUUCAGGUAUAACAGGGAUGAUGAUGCUCUGGGGAUUGCAUCCAUGCAUGGGUUGCGCUCCCUGCAGCUCUUUGGCCAAAACUUCACCAAUAAGGGGCUGACAGCCAUCCUUGACAACUGCCCCCACCUGGAGUCCCUCGACAUCCGCCACUGCUUCAACAUCUCCAUGGAUGGUGCUCUGCGGAGAAAAUGUCGUAACAUUAAGACACUCAAGCUCCCCAAUGAUCCAAUGGAUGGCUAUGAUCUUUGCUUUGAGGGCCCUCUCUGGUCAUUUGGCGUCCAGUCUGACAGUGAUGAUUAUGCCUAUGCGCCUGACUACAUCCUGGACUCAGAUGAAUACGACGACUACUGUGAUCCUUUCCGUUACCUUGACGGUGUCUAUGAGUCCGAACUCAAUCCAGAAGACCGUAUGUUCCUCAAGGGUAUGCGCAUGUUUAUGAAAGAUUCUGAUGAUGAUGAUUACUGACAUAAAGUUCUUUGUGGUCUAGCUACUGGUGAUGCUAGGGAUCUGUUGGUGCUCGGAUCUCACAUUUGGCUGGAAGGUUCCUUACCUCUUUCAUCGUAGAUCAUGUCUCGUACUUUGUCUUCUGUUCUUUUCGUGUGUUUAUCGAGUAAUUCCAUGAACCAGUUAGCAGUAGAAAGCAUGUGAGCAAUCCCGUGUGGCAAGGUUCUCUACAACUGGAAUAAGUAUUUAGGGAUUCAGCAAGUUUGAGAAUAUGGUUCAUCAUUGUGACAGGAGCUCUAUGGUUUGGGCGCUGCAGUGCUUGUUUGAUGUACCGAAUGUUUCAGUGGAAAACUUCUUUAGAAGUACUGUUAUUUGA